GUGGCGCAAAUAAGCGAAACUAUAAUUGAAGUAUGCGCAGACUUCAGUGACAGAAACUUCUGGAUCGCUCCGGCGCGCUGUAGAUGCCGCAAGCAGUCAGCGGGCGUCAUCGUUUCUCUGUUGUUGUGACGGCGCAAACCGGCGAAGCGGCCAAUGAGUCAGCAGCUGAUCGGGGUUAAUUUUACCUAACCGACCUAUAAAUAUAACGAUAACAACCUCCAGUGCGAACAUCUGGACUACAGACCUGCUAGCUGUCAUAAGAAGACCUUCGCCUUUUCCAGAGGUAACAAUGGCAGUCCCUGUAGCUGCGUUACAGCUGAGCACAUCAUCCAGCCCGGGUCUGCUGGAGCACAACAUUCACAUCAGCGACAGAGAUUUGGGAAGGAUUUCAAGUGACAAUGAAAACGACAUUCUGCCUUUACAUUCUCCCUGGACUUUCUGGCUCGAUAGAUCCCUACCAGGAACAACAGCAGCUGAAUGCGAGUCAAACCUGAAGAAAAUCUACACUGUGGAGACCGUCCAGAACUUUUGGAGAGUUUACAACAACAUACCCGGCGUCUCCAGCCUGCCAUUGAGAUGUAGCUAUCAUCUGAUGAGAGGAGAAAGAAAGCCACUCUGGGAGGAGGAAAGCAAUGCUAAAGGUGGUGUUUGGAAGAUGAAAGUCCCUAAAGAAUGCACUUCUGCUGUGUGGAAGGAGCUGCUAUUGGCUACUAUUGGAGAGCAGUUCAGUGAUUAUUGUGCCUCAGACGAUGAAGUAGUCGGGGUCAGCGUCAGCGUGAGAGACAGAGAAGACGUGUUUCAGGUUUGGAACGGAAACGCCUCCUGUGCUAACGAGUCGAAAAUCUUAGGGAGGAUCAACGAGCUGCUUCCACAGAUCCCUUUCAAAGCAGUGUUUUACAAACCACAUGAGGAGCACCACGCUUUUGAAGGAGGACGAAGACAAUAGGGUAUUUUGCACAGGAGUCCUUGAGGCAUACAUGUUUUUUGCUUAUGAUCAUGUUUUGGAUAAUAUUUGGGCACAUUUUGAGGCAAUUUAGUUGCUUAAUGUAUCAUUUUAAUUACCUCAAAAUGUAGCCAGUGUAUAAUGAUUCUUAAUUGAUGGAAUUUCUCAUUGUCUGAGCGCUACUGUCAGUCAGAAUAAUAUCCAAAAUACUUUAAUUUUACUUUGAUUUUAUCUGUUGCGGUGUUUCUGUGUUUUUAUACUUCAAAUUUUGCAAAAACCAAAACAGCAGGUCAUGUACACGUACAUGUCAGAUUUUUUUAGAUGUAUUUUGUGCAGUUUCCUGAGCACAGACAAAGCUAGGUCUUUGAAUUAAAUCUCAUUUUUUGAUCUAAUGAAAGGCCCAGUUCCACAAAGCAAACCUUUUAUCUUAACAAAACAUUACAAAAGCUUUUCUAGUCAGCUCUUUUCUCUGUUUUGUAUGUUACAGCCAAAAUACUGUUGCCUAACAUGAACGUUUAGUACGCUGUAAUGCUAAUAUACAAGCAAAAAAUUGCACAUUCUUUUUUAUGUUUCUUUUUUAGGAUUUGAGCGGAUUGUAAAAAGGAAUAUGUUCUUGUUACAAUAAAAACGACCUCAGUACACACAUCAUCACGAGUAGAUGCUGAGAAAUAUAUGCAAUCAUUUCUAUUCUGUGGAAUUUGCCGCAAAUUUGCAGUGUUGUGGUUGUCAUUUUGUUUUAAGCAUCCGCCCCGAUUCAAGCACUUUGUUUCUUACUGUGUGUGUGCGCGUCCAGAUUUAGAUGGAGUUUUGAUAACUGAGACCAAACCUACUUUGGUUUUGUGUUACCUUUUCUGAUUCAAGUGUCCAUUUUGUUAUGGAUUUCUUUUCUUUUUCUGCUUUUAAUUGUAACAGAGAUGUGUAGAUGACAUCCUUUAAUUUACUUGUUUUUUAUGUAUUCAUAUGACCUGUGUUAAAAGUGAAUCUGUGAAGCCUUCCCUUUUGUAGAUAUUAUAGCCCCAGGAAAAAUGGACGAACACAUGACACACAGGAAUCUGUCACAGAGUGGGACAGCAGAGAAACGCUCUAAAUCUUUUCCUCGGGGGACUGCUCGAGGUCUAUUUCAGUCUAUUUGUACAAAAUUGCGGGUGUUUGGUGAAGUGACGCAAUCACUGCAGCAGGGUCAGAUCAGUAUGAAACAAGUUAAUCAGAGAUUGUUUACUUCUGCUGCACUAGAACAAAUUUCAGUGUCACUCAGAUCUAGAGGUUUAAACAUUUUCUUUUCUGUGAUGAUGUAAAAAACUGUGUAGUAUUAAGAAGCAUAAUCAUCUUAGGGAAAUGUAAUUUAGAAACAUCUCACCAAAGGCACCUUUCCUGUGUGUUUGUGUACGACGGAGUCAGACUGACUAUUCUUGGCUGCAUAGACCAAUUGAGGUUAUUUCUAUGUAGCUAUGGAAUAUGCAUUGAAACCCACAUAGGGAGACUGCUGCUAUGAUUUCUCAAACAAAUCAAAUGUUUAAAUAUGUAUUAUGCUGGUGUCUUGGCUCGGAUUCUCUGCUCAAGAAUAUUCACAGGAGGAGUUGGUUUUCCGACCGUCGACUUUGCCAAACUAUUUUCCCUUUAUUCUUCUGUCGUCCGUGUAAUAUAAGCACAUGCUGUCGGAAAAGAGAAUACUGUACCCUUGCACAUUUACAGUCGACCGCUCACUUCAGGUCUCAGACUUUGUAACUGAUUGUUGAUCUUGGAUGGUGCCUUGUGUUUACCAGCAGUUUAGAAUGUCAUCUUUGUUCAGCAUGUAAAUAGUCAUGUUUCUCUGUUAGUUUUACACGUGUUUGAGAAAUAAAGACGCCUAAACUUCCA